GCGCGAAGGCGGGGUGAGCGCAUGCGUCCCUGCUCCGUCCGCCACCAGUCGUCGGAUUGCGCGCUGGGCUCCUCCCCCGGCAAGCCCAGCCGUCUCCCCGCCCCCUCCCACCCAGGGUCCGCGUGGCGGGGCGCGCGCGCACUCGGGCCCGGUGACUCCGAGUCUCUCGGGCUGCAGCCGCCAGGCGGGAGGGGCGGGGUUCUUUCCCUGGGGCUCCGCCUCUUUUGGCCUGGCGUUCCUACCGCGCUUGCGCGCUCCCGCCCGGUCUCCAUCUUGGAAUUGGGAGGAAGAGGGAGAGGGAGACCGGGACGAGACCGGGCUGUGGUGCGGAGAGAGGCUGAGGCGGAGAAGAGGAGAGGGAGAGAGGGCGCGGAGACAGUCGGCAGCGCCUUAGCUACAGUCUCUCGGCUGUCCUCGAGAGCGAGGAGGAGGAAGGAAGGAGGCCAGGGCGGGAGCGGGGGCUGUCACUCUCGGACCCCGGCGUGAGAGGGGCCGUGCGGCCGGGCGUCCUCGGGGUGGGCCCCCCGGACGGUGGCCGGAGACCCGGGUUCAGGCUCCCGGGGUCCACAUUUCCGGGCUGCGCCCCCCCCCCCCCCCGCUUCUCAAAUACCCAGGUAUCAGCCCUCCUGUUCCAGAUAGCCGGGACUCGGGUCCCAGCCUCUCCAAACCUGGGGGUCUGUUUUACAGAAUUUCCGAUCUCUGGGGUUCAGGCCCCUGUGUGCACCAGUAUCCGGGGUUCACUCCCCAGGCCUUCAGAGAGCGGAUUCAUUUUCUCCGUGCGUAAAAAUACGGGGUUGAGACCCCCCCCACACCAGGAAUCCGGGAUUCAGCAACUCUCGCCCUCGAGUUGGGGGAGGACUGGACCGCGAGGUCAGAUCAGGUUGUCACCCCCUCCCCUCCAGGGGCGGCUUCCCGGGCCCGCCCCCCCGGAAGGGCGAAAGCCGAGGAAGAGGUGGCAAGGGGAAAGGUCUCCUUGCCCCUCUCCCUGCUUGGCAGAGCCGCUGGAGGACUCCAGGCGGAAGCGGAGGCGCUGGGGCACCAUAGUGACCCCUACCAGGUGAGGCCCUACUCUCAGGGCCCCCAGGGGCCACCAUGCCAGCUGGGGGCCGGGCUGGGAGCCUGAAGGACCCUGAUGUGGCUGAGCUCUUCUUCAAGGAUGACCCUGAAAAGCUCUUCUCUGACCUCCGGGAAAUUGGCCAUGGCAGCUUUGGAGCUGUGUACUUUGCCCGGGAUGUUCGAAAUAGUGAGGUGGUGGCCAUCAAGAAGAUGUCCUACAGUGGGAAGCAAUCAAAUGAGAAAUGGCAGGACAUCAUCAAGGAGGUGCGGUUCUUGCAGAAGCUCCGACAUCCCAAUACCAUUCAGUACCGGGGCUGUUACCUGAGGGAGCACACAGCUUGGCUGGUGAUGGAGUAUUGUCUGGGCUCAGCUUCUGACCUUCUAGAAGUGCACAAGAAGCCCCUUCAGGAAGUGGAGAUUGCAGCUGUGACCCAUGGGGCGCUUCAAGGCCUGGCCUACCUGCACUCCCACAACAUGAUCCACAGGGAUGUGAAGGCUGGAAACAUCCUGCUGUCAGAGCCAGGCUUAGUGAAGCUGGGGGACUUCGGCUCCGCAUCCAUCAUGGCACCUGCCAACUCCUUCGUGGGCACCCCAUACUGGAUGGCUCCAGAGGUGAUCUUGGCCAUGGAUGAAGGGCAGUACGAUGGCAAAGUGGAUGUUUGGUCCUUGGGGAUAACCUGCAUUGAGCUGGCGGAGCGGAAGCCACCACUGUUUAACAUGAACGCGAUGAGUGCCUUAUACCACAUUGCACAGAAUGAGUCCCCCGCACUCCAGUCAGGACACUGGUCUGAGUACUUCCGGAAUUUUGUUGAUUCCUGCCUUCAGAAAAUCCCUCAAGAUAGACCCACCUCAGAGGUUCUUCUGAAGCACCGCUUUGUGCUCCGGGAGCGGCCACCCACAGUCAUCAUGGACCUGAUCCAGAGAACCAAGGAUGCUGUGCGGGAACUGGACAACCUGCAGUACCGCAAGAUGAAAAAGAUUCUAUUCCAAGAGGCCCCCAAUGGUCCUGGUGCUGAGGCACCAGAGGAGGAGGAGACCACGCCCUGUUCACAGGAGACCGAGCCCUACAUGCACCGGGCAGGGACACUGACCAGUCUGGAGAGUAGUCACUCUGUGCCCAGCAUGUCCAUCAGUGCUUCCAGCCAGAGCAGCUCAGUCAACAGCCUAGCAGAUGCCUCGGACAAUGAAGAGGAGGAGGAGGAAGAAGAGGAGGAGGAGGAGGAAGAAGAAGGCCCUGAAGCCCGAGAGAUGGCCAUGAUGCAGGAGGGCGAGCACACGGUUACUUCCCACAGCUCUAUAAUCCACCGCCUGCCGGGUUCUGACAACCUGUAUGAUGAUCCCUACCAGCCGGAGAUAACUCCGAGCCCACUCCAGCCACCUGCAGCCCCAGCUCCCACCUCCACCACCUCUUCUGCCCGCCGCCGGGCCUACUGCCGCAACCGGGACCAUUUUGCCACCAUUCGUACUGCCUCUCUGGUCAGCCGGCAGAUCCAGGAGCAUGAGCAGGAUUCAGCCCUGCGGGAGCAGCUAAGUGGUUACAAACGGAUGCGGCGACAGCACCAGAAGCAGCUUCUGGCCCUGGAGUCAAGGUUGAGGGGUGAACGUGAGGAGCACAGCGCACGGCUGCAGCGGGAACUUGAGGCACAGCGGGCUGGCUUUGGGGCUGAAGCUGAGAAGCUGGCCCGGCGGCACCAGGCCAUUGGUGAGAAGGAGGCACGAGCUGCCCAGGCAGAGGAACGGAAGUUCCAGCAGCACAUCCUCGGGCAGCAGAAAAAAGAGCUGGCUGCCCUGCUGGAGGCACAGAAGCGAACCUAUAAGCUUCGGAAGGAGCAACUGAAGGAGGAACUGCAGGAGAACCCCAGCACACCCAAGCGGGAGAAGGCAGAGUGGCUGCUGCGGCAGAAGGAGCAGCUGCAACAGUGCCAGGCAGAGGAGGAGGCAGGGCUGCUGAGGCGCCAGCGACAGUAUUUUGAGCUGCAGUGUCGCCAGUAUAAGCGCAAGAUGUUGCUGGCCCGUCAUAGCCUGGACCAGGACCUGCUGCGAGAGGACUUGAACAAGAAACAGACACAGAAGGACUUGGAGUGUGCCUUGCUGCUGCGGCAGCAUGAGGCCACUCGGGAGCUGGAGCUUCGGCAGCUCCAGGCUGUCCAGCGCACACGAGCCGAACUCACCCGCCUCCAGCACCAGACGGAGCUGGGCAACCAGCUGGAGUACAACAAGCGACGUGAACAAGAGCUACGACAGAAGCAUGCGGCCCAGGUUCGCCAGCAGCCCAAGAGCCUCAAAUCGAAGGAGCUGCAGAUCAAGAAGCAGUUCCAGGAGACGUGUAAGAUCCAGACCCGGCAGUACAAGGCUCUGCGGGCACACUUGCUGGAAACUACACCCAAAGCUCAGCACAAGAGCCUCCUUAAGCGGCUCAAGGAAGAACAGACCCGAAAGCUGGCGAUCUUGGCGGAGCAGUAUGACCAGUCCAUCUCAGAGAUGCUCAGCUCACAGGCGCUCCGGCUUGAUGAGACCCAGGAGGCAGAGUUCCAGGCCCUGAGGCAGCAGCUUCAACAGGAGCUAGAGCUGCUUAACGCCUACCAGAGCAAGAUCAAGAUCCGCACCGAGAGCCAGCACGAGCGGGAGCUGCGGGAGCUAGAGCAGAGAGUAGCACUGAGGCGGGCACUGCUGGAGCAACGGGUGGAAGAAGAGCUGCUGGCCCUGCAGACAGGGCGCUCCGAGCGAAUACGGAGUUUGCUUGAGCGGCAGGCCCGUGAGAUCGAGGCCUUCGAUGCUGAGAGCAUGAGACUGGGCUUCUCCAGUAUGGCUCUGGGGGGCAUCCCAGCUGAGGCUGCUGCCCAGGGCUACCCUGCCCCACCUCCUGCCCCUGCCUGGCCUUCCCGCCCUGUCCCCCGCUCAGGGGCCCACUGGAGCCACGGCCCUCCCCCACCAGGCAUGCCCCCCCCAGCGUGGCGCCAGCCAGCUCUGUUGGCUCCUCCAGGUCCCCCAAACUGGCUGGGACCCCCAUCACAGAGUGGGGCACCCCGUGGUGGAGCUCUGCUGCUACUAAGAAACAGCCCCCAGCCCCUGCGGCGGGCAGCCUCGGGGGGCGGUGGCAGUGAGAACGUGGGCCCCCCUGCCGCUGCAGUGCCUGGGCCUCUGAGCCGCAGCACCAGUGUUGCUUCCCACAUCCUCAACGGAUCCUCCCACUUCUAUUCUUGAAGUGCAGGGUGGUGAACAGAGGACUGGGGCCGGGUGGGGGUGGGUAGAGCCUGAUCCUGGCAGGCUAUCAGCUUGAGGCCCACCCAAGGGUGGUGGGACAGGAUGCUGGCUCAGCUCCCCUCAGACCUCAUCUCAUGAGAUUCUUGGGGCUGGCCAGUAGCCCCACACCAGCUUGGGCAUCAGUGCUCUAAGGCUGACCAGGAGCCUUGCCUCCCCACCAUGGUGCCAGGGUCUCCCUCCGGAACCACCUGGGCAAGGAGGGAGCUGUGCGUGUCAAAUAUUCAUCUGGUUCCCUGGGGGAGGGAAAGGGCGGGUCUAGAUAUAUUAUAUUCAGAGAACUAUACUACCCUUGCAGUGGGGCUGUGGACUGGGGAUGACAGGGCCCCAGACCUGUGGUGUGGCAGAGCAGGACUGGAGCCCAAGGUCGGGAGAGUGGGUGAAAGCCUUCCGUGGGAAGGACCUGAGGUGGGGUGAGGUCUGGAUGCCUAGGUCUCCAAUCCCCCAUUGCUGUCUGACGUCCUGUGCCGUCUUGUCCUUUUUUUUUUUUUUUUUUUCCAAUUGGGAUCAGGGCUGGGGCAGGGAACAAGGGAAGUACCUUGGAAAAGGGCUGCUCCCCGGCUGGGUGCAGUUACGGGAGCCCCCUCAGCUGUGGGGCUGGCACCGAGCCCCAAGACAAGCUUUUAAUAAACUGUUGGUUAUUCUAACAGA